UGCGAUUCUCUGGUGUUGAGGAGCGUCGAGCUACACCACGCUGAUGACUGAGUGGAGCAGGGCCUCUGUGAAUGGCGAAAUUUGUGCGGAAUCGAUACCGCAAUUGCGUAGAGGCCAGCUUAUGGACGGGAGACGUAGUGCUGCUGCUUGUAGCGGCCUCUCUGAUCUGCGUGGAUCUGCGCGGAUUCUAGCGCAGCAUAGACACACUAGGCUGCCAGCCUUUGUGGCUGACUAUAGCCUGUGUCUGAGGGAUCGUUGCGCAGCAGGCGUCGUGCACGCCUCUGCACGCAUCCCUGCGAACCACUGCGGGCGCUGCAGUCAAGCGCUGUUCGAAGGAGACGCCAAAAAGCAACUGCAGCCGCUGCACUGCAAGCUGCAGCCGAGGAGCCGUCGCAUCGAUGCCUGGCAGUCCAAUGAUCCCGGCAUUAUUGCUGCUUGGCUGGGUUGCACAAGCAUUGGACCGUGGCACCGUCUUGGUUACGGGCGCCUCGCGCGGCAUCGGUGCCGCCUGUGCGAAACGACUCGCGAGAGAUGGUUACGUCGUCGCCGUGAACUACUGCAGCGACGCCGACGCCGCCGCGCGAGUCGUGAACGACAUCGUGGAGGACGGAGGCUCAGCGGAGGCCUUCCAGGCCGAUGUGUCGACUGAACAGGCCGUCGUCGACCUCUUUAACGCCAUCGACGCGUCCCCGCUGCCACCGUUGACGGGCCUGGUGAACAACGCCGGCAUCAUAGGCUUCGAAAUGCCGCAGACGCUGGAUACAUGUACGACGGACGCCUUCGAGGCGAUGAUGGCGACGAAUUUACUAGGACCGCUGAUGUGCUGCCGCGAGGCUGCCAAGCGCAUGGCGCCUGGAUCCGCGGUAGUAAAUCUCUCGUCGGGCAGCGCGUACCUCGGCAGACCAUUAUUAUACAGCAUGUCGAAGGGCGCCCUCAACAGCAUGCAGCACGGUCUCAUCGAGCCCCUCGCGAAGCAAGGUGUACGGAUCAAUACCGUGAGUCCGGGCGUGACCGAGACUGAUAUGGUAUCAAUCUGUGUGGAAAUCAACCAGUGCGUCGGGUGCGCGAUGAUUCAGCACGAACGCGCCGUAGAAUUUUUGAUUUUCACACAGGUAUCAAUCAUCACGGACAGCCCGGAGCGCCUGAAGAAGAGCGAGUCCGACAUCCCCAUGGGUCGAUUAGCCAAACCCGAGGAAAUCGCCGGCGCCGUCUCAUACCUGCUGUCCCCCGACGCGUCCUUCACGCACGGCGCGAAUAUAAGAGUAGCCGGCGGCCGCGGGCCGGGGACGACGCUUGGGUAAACUAACAC